AGCAUUCUUUAUGGUCUUUAUCUCUCUACUCAAUCCACUUCAGGUGGAUGUCACAAUGGCUAACUGUCUGGGGUUCAGACCCCCUUCCACCUCCGUCGCCACCGUUUUCCGGUCACCGGUCCUCUCUUCCGCUGCCGUACUCACUCCGUCUUCUUCCGCCAGUUGCUGCUUUUCUAUCUCUUGCAACCUGCAAUCCAAUCAGACUAAAGCUUUUGCAGUCCCAAGAAGGAAUUUGAUGGCCGUGAUUCUUUCCGGUUGCAUAUUCUCACAAAUUGAGGGAAACGCCGCGUUUGCUCAACAAUCUGUAGAAUUCAGGGAAUUUAUAGAUACGUUUGACGGGUAUUCGUUCAAUUAUCCGAAAAAUUGGAUUCAAGUUCGGGGUGCGAAUGCUGACAUAUUCUUCAGAGACCCGUUUGUACUCGAUGAGAACCUCUCGGUUGAGGUAUCAUCACCCUCAUCGUCAAGUUACAAGAGUGUGGAAGAUUUGGGUCCGCCAGAAGAAGCAGGAAAGAAGGUUCUUAGGCAGUAUUUGACCGAGUUCAUGUCUACUAGGCUUGGUGUGAGGCGUGAAUCAAGUAUUCUCUCUACUUCAUCUAGGAUUGCGGAUGAUGGGAAGAUGUACUACCAAAUUGAGGUGAACAUAAAGUCAUAUGCAAGCAACAAUGAGUUGGCGGUUAUGCCACAAGACCGAGUAGUGCGUAAAGAAUGGGACAGGAGAUACCUAUCGGUACUUGGAGUUGAGAACAACCAGUUAUACGAGUUGAGACUACAAGUGCCUGAAAAUGUGUUUGUCGAAGAGGAGAAUGAUCUUCGUAGAGUCAUGGAUUCCUUUCGGGUUAACAAGUUAAGUGCUUAAUGUGUUUUUGACGUUUCAUUUGUUACUUUGUAACCUCAACCUUGUAUUACACUUGUAUGUAUUCUUUUCAAGUUUGUUGGAACAAACCAGUUUUGACUUGGCAAUGUUAUUCGGUUUCAAAUCUUC